UUUUCUUUUUAUCGCCAGCUGAUUUUUACUUCCUUUUAUAUCGUUUCUUUAUUAUUUAUUGUAUAAAUUUUAAGUCCGUGCUUACUCUAUAUGCAAAGAUUAAAUAAAUUCGUGAUAAUUUUUUAAGUAAAAGUAAACUCCACACGAAUGUUGUUAACCACAUUGAGAAACGCAGCGCGUAAUAUAACAAAAGAAAGCCUACGGGAUCUUUUAGUCGAUUCUUCACAAACAAGAAAACAAUCGGCUUGGUUAAAAUCAGAACUCGCGGGAAUGGCUGACAGAGAAGCUGCCACUCCACCUCGGCAAAGGAAAGGAAAUCGACAAGAAAAGGCUAAAAAGCAAGCGACGUCUUAUGUUCCAGGCAAUAUCAUACUGCAAGUAUUAGGAGCUGGAGGCAACGGGGCUCCGGUUUCGUUAUUUUUAUUCACUGAUCAUUCCCGUUAUUUGUUCAAUUGCGGUGAAGGCAUUCAACGUUUAGCUCAUGAACAUAAGAUUAAAUUAGCCCGCAUGGAAAAUAUCUUUUUUACGCGUAAUACAUGGCCAGCGAUAGGUGGGCUGCCCGGAUUGACCCUGACGAUACAAGAUGCAGGAGUUCGAAAUUUAGCAUUAUACGGACCUCCGUAUUUGGACAGCGUUUUUCAUUCCAUGAAAAGAUUCGUUGUUUUGCAGAAUUUGCAAUUAACAACAACAGAUUGUACGCAACCAGGACAACAUCACUUUGAAGACGCUGUAAUGUAUAUGAAAUUUAUACCCUUAAAAAGAGAUGAACACAUAACGACAGAAAGUAAAUGUAAUGAUCAGGUGGUGAUAGCCUACAAAUGUAAAUUAAAACCCAAGCCAGGUGCUUUAAAUCUGGAAAAGUGCGUAGAUCACAAUGUGCCGCCGGGACCUCUAUUAGGUUUAUUAAAGAAUGGCAUAGAUGUCACUCUUGAUAAUGGGAAAAUUGUUAAAUCGAAGGAUGUCUGUGAUCCUUGUGAGAAGCCCUUCAAUUUCAUUAUUCUUGAUGUGCCUUCGGAAGAAUUCCUGCCAGCUUUGCAACAGGAGGAGCAACAAUUUCUGUCAAGCGAUAACAUCGAUUGUGAAACGACUAUAGUUAUGCACUUUACUCCACCAGAAAUAUUCGAGAACAAUUGUUAUCAGUCAUUUUUACAAAAAUUCCCGAAACAAACACAACAUUUGCACUUGAAUUCUUCGCAAAAUACUUUUUCCGGUUAUCAGGCAGCGCAUCGUGUACAAUACCAGUUAAAUCAGUUGAAUCCACGUGUGUUUCCUUUAUUGGGAGAAGCCACCGCAUUAAAUACGACUGGUGACAUAAUAAAUGGCUUGAAGAAAUCCAAAUUAUCGGCAGAAGAUUUAAGCUUAAAUCGCUACGAAAUUGAAUUAGAAAACGGGAACGAGAAAGACAACGCAAAUGUAAACGUUAACUUUGUGAAUUUGAAACCUAUGACAUCUUAUCAUUUAAGACCCAAGAAAGGCCUCAACCGCACAUCAGAAACAAUACUAAAUCCCAAUGAAUAUAUUCAAGAAGCUCAAUUGCUGCCCGAGUUUCCGCAACUUUUAGAUAAACUUAGAUCGGAUUACAGCACGCUUUCCGUAAACGCAUCUUGCGUUGGUUCGCAACAAUUACCAAAAAUUACGUUCCUGGGCACCGGUUCGUGUGUACCGAACAAAACGCGUAACGUCAGUUGUAUUCUAUUACAAACUUUGCCUAAGGCCUUUGUGCUAUUAGACUGUGGCGAAGGAAGUCUUGGACAAAUACAGAGAUUUUUUGGCUUAAGGCAGGCCGAUGAAAUUGUGGAGAAUUUAAAAGCUAUUUACAUAUCUCACUUGCAUGCUGAUCAUCACAUUGGAUUAAUAAAUUUUCUUAGUAAACGUCUCGAUUUUCUUCAGAGUAAAAAAAUAUCGAAAAAGAUUUUACUAUUCGCACCUAAGCAAAUAGAACCGUGGCUUAAUUUUUAUAAUGAACAUAUAACCAACUUAAGUGAAGCAUACGAAUUGGUGGGUAACGCGAGCCUCCUAGACAAAUCCUUCAAUUCGGAGGAUUUCCAAGUUAAUACGGGUAUUGCUUCUAUGCGCACUUGUUUGGUGCGUCAUUGUCAGCACGCGUUCGGUGUAAGUUUAGUCUUAAAAGACCCGUUAAAUCACAGCGUUGCAAAAGAACCGGUCAAAGUAACAUAUAGCGGUGAUACUAUGCCUUGUCAGGACUUGAUCGAUUUAGGUCUUAAUUCUACCAUACUAAUACAUGAGGCAACGAUGGAAGAUGACUUAUUGGAGGAAGCUAAAAUGAAAAAGCACAGUACACUCUCGCAAGCGAUAGAACAGGGACAGUCAAUGAAUGCACAACAUAUUAUACUUACGCAUUUCUCGCAACGUUACGCAAAAUUGCCACGCUUACAGGUAAAUUCCGAUUCGGAAGCUAUUGAUUCCCUAACAAAUGUCUCUAUAGCCUUCGAUAAUAUGCAAGUUUCUGUCGAAGAUUUGCAACACUUUCAUUUAAUGUAUCCGGCUAUGCGUGCUCUAUUUGCCGAGCAUGCUGAGGAGUUGGAGCAGAGGGCUCUAAAACGUGAACUCAAAUUAGAGCGCAAGCGCAAGCUAAUCGAUUCAUGAGGCACAUGCGGGAAAAAUUUAGCUUUGGAAUUCGUCUUCAUCUCGAUUACACGCUUCGAAUUUAAAAUAAAUGACAAGAAAAAAGAAAAAAAA